CCAUGCUGGGCCAGAGGGGCUCCGUGAGACAUGCACUCACCCAUAUCCGGGUUAGAGAGGAAAAGGAUGAAAAAAGUUUCAUUUAAACCUGGACUAAAACUUUCAACAUGAAGCCGCACUGACGCGACUGCCGCUGUUGCUGUCAGUGGAUCUUUUUUUUGCUUCUGAUAACACAGCAAAGACGGCUCUCUCGGCGCUUCGUUUGUUCUAUUGAAGACAUUUCCUUGUCUCUGUUUGUCCGUAUUUCUCUGCUUAAUUGUUUUGCGUGCGCAUUUUAGGUUAUUGCCGGGGGAUGUUGGAGUGAUCAUGGCCGCGCAAGUGGCAUCUGCCCCGGCCGCAUCUAAUAGUAAAAAUAAAAAUGUAUCCGGAGGUUUGAGUCAAGAAUUAAACUCUGGAAAAUCAGGAGGGACGACACAAGGAUCUGGCGCAAUGCACGGAGCCGGAGACGGGACUACAACUCUGAAUAAUGUAGACCAUCGUCUACCGACUGAGUUGAACAUGACCAACAGAACUUGUACACCAGCGAACAGUAAUUCUGACAAGCCGAAGGAAAGUGGAAAUAUAACAACUUCUGGUUCUUCUUCGUCUAACUCUACAACCUCUCCGAAUAUGGAAACUGGUUUGAUAUCAAAUCAUAAACUAAAAGGCAUUGCUGGAGACCUUCCUUCAUCUCUCAAUCGUGCGCCUCAGCAGACACAGUUCAAUCAGUUUUCACAUCAUCAGCGGCAGUUACAAAGUAACAACAUCAACAAGAACCAAAUAAUGACACCAGGAGAUAACGACAAUCAGCAGCACGGAGGAAAAGAGAAUGUUUUGGGGAGACAUGUUGAACAUCAGCAAAUGCUGAAUAAAGGUGGGGAGGAUCAGCCUUGCAAACCAGACCAGAUGGGCAGUAGGUAUGAGCACGCCAACUUUGGACCAACGAACAGCAACAACCACGCGCAUAACCCCAGUGGCAAAAGUGGUGUUUCUGAGUUUAAUAAUUAUUAUGGUAAUUCCAGAGCAGGGCCCUGCUUUGAUCAACAUGGCGGCCAACAAAGCCAUGGUAUAGGAAUAAUGCACUCUUCGACAAACAAUAAUGUGGAAAACUCGCAUGAAAGCUAUCAUAACACCCAGUACAACCAUUACCCGGGGUACCGACAGGGGUACGGUAGCGCCGGCUACGGUAUGAUGGGCGGCUCGCGUCAGGGUAAUAACAUGUUGAUGGGCCCAAGCAGCAACUCAUCUGGCCAAAGCAAAGGGUUGGCAUCUGCAAGUUCUUCUGGAGGAAAUAUCGGGAGCUUUCAGAGAUUUCCUGGACAAAGCCAGCACCCCUCGGGGGCUACGCCGACAUUGAACCAACUUCUCACGUCUCCGAGUCCCAUGAUGCGGGGAUAUGGUGGUGGCUAUCCAGACUACAGUAGUUCUGCUGUACCCCAAGCGGGCAUGGGGAUGAGCAAAGAAAUAAGUUCGCAGUAUGGGUCUUCGGCUCAUGCAUGGGGAGGCCAACGAAAUCAUCCAGGAAUGAGUCCUGGGAACGGACAAAGUCUCAACAGACCUCAGGUGGGCUCCAUGGACUUCAUGGUGAUGAAGCGCUCUCAGCUGUAUGGGAUGGGCGGGAGCAACCCCUACUCGCAGCAGCAGCAAGGUGGGCCCUACCCCAGCCAGCCAUACGUAUCGCCCGCCUCCCACCGGUAUCCAAUGGGAAUGCAAGGGCGUGGUCAGCUUGGCAUGGGUGGGAUGCCAUAUCCCCAGCAACAGCAGGUGCCUCCCCAGUAUGGCCAGCAGGGAAUGGCUGCAUAUUGCCAGCAGGGCCAGCCACCAUACUUUAACCAGUCCCAGCAGCAGCAGCAGCAGCAGCAGCAGCAGCACCAGUCAGGCACCCCAGCCCAGCCAGUCUACCUGCCACCCCGUCCUCCACCACAGCAGGAGGUCUCACAGGAGGCUUAUGGGAACAGCAGAGUAGGGGGCAGCAAUGGUGGCAGCAUCAGCACUAGCCAGCCCGUGGGGAACUCUGGGAAGAACAACCAUGAAGAUGUGGGUCCCAUGCACCACGACCGUCCCUCCAGCCUACCGGACCUGUCUGGCUCCAUCGAUGACCUGCCCACAGGGACAGAGGCUGGCCUCAGCUCAGUCGUCAGCGCCACCUCAGGAGGAUCAGGCAGUGGCAGUGGCAGUGGCAGUGGCAGUGGGAGCGGCAGCAGCCAGGGGGAGCAGAGCAACCCAGCCCGGUCGCCCUUCUCCCCCCACGCCUCCCCUCGUCUCCCGGGGGUCCGCAGCGGGCCUUCCCCCUCUCCAGUGGGCUCCCCUGCAGGCUCCAGCCAGUCCCGCUCUGGACCCAUUUCCCCAGCCAGCGCUCCAGGGUCCCAGAAUGCCCCACAGACUCCGGGGAGCAUGUCCGAUGUGGCCUCCCAUCCCACUGGAAACCAGUCUCAGGAGAGGGGAUUCAUGUCCAACAUGCACCGGAAUCAGUCCGUGUCCCAGUUUGGUGCCCAGCAGUCGGGGGCCCCAAUGUCCCCCCACCGCUCCCCAGUGGGACAGAUGCACCCUGGGGUGGGCUCCUACCAGCAUGCGGGCUCCAACACCAGCGGCCCUUACGGACAUCAGAGCGGCCAAUAUGGACCACAAGGUAACUACUCGAGACCGUCCAAUUACAGCGGAGCGCCCAAUGCCAGCUAUAGCGGCCCAGGCCCCGGCAUGAACAACAACAGCCUGGGGAUGAACGCCAGCAGCCCCAUGCACGGCCAGGGCCCAGGGCAGCCCAUGGCCAUGGGAAGGAGCCCAGGUGCGGGCAGCCGCCCGUACGCGGGCAACAUGACGAGUAUGGCCCCCACUUCUCCCAACAUGCCACAGUCUGCCGGGCCUGGGAUGGGGCCGCCUAUGGGCAGCGUGAAUCGUAAGGCCCAGGAGGCGGCGACGGCGGCAAUGCAGGCCGCUGCCAGCACUGCACAGGGAAGAAGGUCUCCAUUCCCAAGACCCCCUAUCUACACCAACCAGGGUCACCCUGGGCCAGGCCCCCGCCAACCCCCUGCCCUCAUACCCUCACCACACGCACCCCACGGAGUCCACACGCCCCGCGCUGCCCACCACAGCUCCCACGCCACGCAGCAGUCUGAGCCCUACGGACAGGGGAGCUUCUCCGCCCUGAACCAGAUGAGUGGGAUGGGGACAGGUGCCCCCUAUGGGCAGCCAUACGCCAACGCCUCUGGGAUGAUGACAUCACAAGCCCCCACCCACACCACUCCGACCUCAGUGCUUCAUUCCUCCGGCUGUUGUCUUCCAGGAGCGGGAGGGGUGAGUGGAGAGGGGGUGAUGGGAGCCGAGGCCAAGCAGAAAGGAGAAGGCAAAGAGGAGCCUCCCACAACAGAGCCGCCUAAACCCAAGGAUGGCUUCAACUCCCAGUGUCUGUCCCAGCCCCCGACCCCAUCUCCGCUGGCCCCAAGUCCAGCCAGCCUGUCCUCCUGUCACGGCGACGACAGUGACAGCAUCAGCAGUCCCGUCUGGCCCAAGACUCCAUCCAGUCCGAAGUCCAGCUCGGCUCCCAUGGCUGGGGAUAAGGUGUCCCGGCUGUACGAGCUGGGCGGCGAGCCCGAGAGGAGGCCCUGGCUGGACCGCUACCUGUCCUUCAUGGAGGAGCGCGGCACGCCUGUCCCCCACCUGCCGGUCAUCGGCAAGAAGACACUGGACCUCUACCGCCUCUACACCGCUGUCAAGGAGAUCGGGGGGCUCGCCAUGAUGAACAAGAACAAGAAGUGGAGGGAGCUGUCGUCCACCCUGAGCGUGGGGACCUCCAGCACGUCGGCCAGCUCUCUGAAGAAGCACUACAUCCAGUUCCUGUUUGCCUAUGAGUGUAAUGUGGAGCGAGGAGAGGAGCCCCCACUGGACGGCUGCCCCGCAGGGGACAAGAAGCAGCCACCGCGGCCUCAGCCUCCGUCGCCAGCCAACUCAGGCUCUCUGCAGGGGCCUCAUACCCCCCAGUCCACGGGCAGCAGCUCCAUGGCCGAGACGCCAGGCGACCUGAAGCGGCCCACCCCAGCCAACACCCCACAGGGCCAUGUGCCACCUGCACCAGUCGGCAGGAACAAUUCGAUCAGCAUCCAGGACCCCUUCUCGGAGGCCAGCGACCCCAGCCUCCCCAAACGCAACUCCCUCCCCCCGAGUGGCCCCUACCAGCCAGAGCCCAUGAUGAGGAUGCAGUUUGAGGCCAACAAGGACCCCUUUGCGGGGAUGAGGAAGGUGGCAGGCUGUGGAGAUCCUUAUAUGGCCGGGCAGAUGCCCUCCAGUGCCAUGCAGGAGAUGUAUGGCAGGAGUGCGCCCGGCCCCAUGUCUGCUCUGGGUAUGGGCCCACGCCCCCAGUACCCCUAUGGACCAGGCUAUGACAGGAGGUCAGAGCACAUGAUGAGGAUGGAGGGGAGCAUGGGUCCACCUGGAGGUCAAGGCAGUGUUGGCCCAUCAAACAGUGAUGGCAGUAUCUACUCAUCCAGCAGAUAUCCCUCACAAAGGCAUGAGGGCUACGGGCAGCAUUACCCUGGUAUGCCAUACGGUGUACACCCUUCUGGAAUGUUCCCUCAGCAACAGGGCUACAAGCGGGCUCUGGAUGGCAUGUACGGCCCCCCAGCAAAGAGGCAUGAGGGGGAGAUGUACGGAAUGCCUUAUGGUGGUCAGCAGGCGGACAUGUACAGCCAGUACGGCAGCGGCUACCCUGGUCCUGACCGGAGGUCAAUGCAGGGCCAGUUCCCUUAUGCCUAUGGCCGAGAGCGCAUGGCCCCAGGACAGGGCCCCCCACAGCACAGCAUGUCUGCUGAGAUGAUGGGAGCAGGGCCUCCAUCGGCUAACAGCGGUGAGGUGCCCAACAUGUGGCCCUCCAGGACAGACAUGCCCUACCCGUACCCAACCAGGCCAGGCCACUCCUCACAGAUGCCCACUUACCCGGGCAUGGGCCGCGGGGACGACAUGGAUGGCAUGCGGGGCGGUCCGGACGGCCAGUGGCCUGGGCACCGCGGCCAGUCCCCCUUCAUGUCCACCUCCUCGGGCUCGAUGGCAGCCAUGAGCUCCAGGCAGCCACCGUCCUCCUACCAGACCAACCAGUCUAUGGUCAACCACGUGUCCCGAGCCCCCAGCCCGGCCUCCUACCAGCGCUCACUGGAGUCACGCAUGUCCCCCAGCAAAGCCUUCAUGACGCCCAUGAAAAUGCCCAAGCCUGGCAUGCAGAUGCACAGCGGCGGACCACAGGGCCAGAUGCCACCCAACCUACGCAAAGACCUCAACUACCCACUGGGGUCCGUAGAAGGCACCCAACCCAUCUUGAAGUCACGUCGCAAGCUUACCUCAAAGGACACUGGAACCCCAGAGGCCUGGCGAGUGAUGAUGUCCCUGAAGUCAGGCCUGCUAGCUGAGAGCACGUGGGCGUUGGACACCAUUAACAUUCUCCUGUAUGACGACAGCACUGUGGCCUCCUUCAACCUCUCUCAGUUGCCUGGCUUUUUGGAGCUCAUUGUGGAAUACUUCAGAAGGGGCCUCAUUGAGAUUUUUGGUAUCCUAGAGGAGUAUGAAGUGGGCAACGUUGGGCAGAAAACCCUGCUUGGUCCUGCCAAGGAGGAGAAAAUGGAGGAGGACUCGGCUACUAAAGACGAAAGCUGUGAAACAGUGGUGGAGCAGAGUGCCCCAGCAGCGACCGACACUGUGGAGUUCCCCCCCAGCGCCCCAACAGCAGAGGUCCUAGCAGCCCCAACUGUCCCAGAGCAGAAACAGGAGGAGACAGCAGCUGAGGACAAAAAGGAGGCCAAUGAGAAGGAGGAAAAGGAGGCCCAGGAGAAGGAGCCGGAGAAGAAGGAGCUGGAGAAGAAGGAGCUGGAGAAGAAGGAGCAGGAGAAGAAGGAGCCGGAGAAGAAGGAGCUGGAGAAGAAGGAGCAGGAGAAGAAGGAGCCGGAGAAGAAGGAGGAGGAGGAGGUUAAGGGAGAAGAAACUGUUGAGGACACCACAGAGAAGGAGGUAGAGUCUUCUCAUGAACCUGAGCCGAAAUCCAAGCAAGCCAGCAAGUACGAUAAGCUCCCUGUCAAAAUAGUCCACAAAGACGAUUUCCUGGAGGACAUAUCAGACCAGCUGGGCCAUGUUCAGGAGUUCUCCAGUGGCCUCAUUCACUGGCAGGUUGGUGGCGGAGACUCAACCGCCCACAUCCAGAUGCACUUCGAGAGACGUGAUGGAGACAUCCACACGCCUGUGCUAGAGAGCCAGAGCAGCACGUCUGGGCAAGAGAGCAAAGAGAAAGAUGAGGAAAGAGGGAGAAGCAUCGUGGCCACCAUCGAUGACGUGCUGUCCUCCCACACAGGACCCUUACUAGAGGCAGAUGAUGAUGGCGACUCCUCCACCUCCUCCUACCGCUUCCGCCUCCAUCACGCACAGAGUCAGAAGGGCCUCACCCUGCUGGAGGACGAGCCUCGCUGCCUGGACGAGGCCCCGUUGGCCUCAGCGGCCGGCUGGCAGGAUGCGCUGGCCAAGCGCUGCAUCUGCAUCUCCAACAUUGUCCGGAGCCUGUCCUUCAUCCCUGGCAACGAUGGCGAAAUGUCGCGACACGCCGGCAUGGUACUGCUCCUGGGCCGCCUGCUGCUUCUGCACCACCAGCACCCGGAGCGCAAACGGCAGAUGUCCCCACCGGCGCUGCCCGGUGACAAGGAGGAGCCGCAGGAAGAGCGUGGCAUGGCCUGCAGCAAAGACGAGUGGUGGUGGGACUGCCUGUCGGCACUGCGCGAGAACGCCAUGGUCACGCUGGCCAACAUCUCCGGGCAGCUGGAUCUGUCGCUCUAUCCCGAGAGCAUCUGCAUGCCCAUCCUGGACGGGCUCCUGCACUGGAUGGUGUGCCCAUCGGCCGAGGCCCAGGACCCGUUCCCGUCGCUGGGGCCGCACUCGGCGCUGAGCCCCCAGCGGCUGGUGCUGGAGUGCCUGUGCAAACUGAGCGUGCAGGACGGCAACGUGGACCUGAUGCUGGCCACGCCACCGCUGGUGCGGCAGGAGAAGCUGUUCGCCACGCUGGUGCGGCUAGUGGGCGAGCGCAAGCAGCAGGUGUACCGUGAGAUGGCCGUGGCGAUGCUGUCCAACCUGGCGCAGGGCGAGCCGUCGGCCGCCCGCGCCAUCGCCGUGCAGAAGGGCAGCGUGGGCAACCUCAUGGGAUUCCUGGAGGACGGAGUGGCCAUGGUGCAGUACCAGCAGAACCCCCACAGCCUGCUGCACAUGGGCCACCCACCCAUGGACCCGCCCAGUGUCAACAUGAUGUGCCACGCCGCCAAGGCUCUGCUGGCGCUGGCCAAGGUGGAGGAGAACCGGCCGGAGUUUGUGCUGUUCGAGAGCCGGCUGCUGGACGUGGCCAUCUCCUCCGUGCUGCCUUUGGCCGUGGCGGCCAUUACGUGCGAAGUACUUUUCCAGAUCGGCCGCUCGUGACAGUAGAGCCACCCAGGCCAAGAGACUAGAGACCAGACUGGGAAAAUCACACGGAAAUCAGUGAUUUAUAUUUUUAUUUAAACAAAAGAAAGUACAGAACACAACACAUGUUUUUAUAUAUGAAAAUAAAUAUAAAUCUAUAUAUAUAUGUGCAUAUCUUCUCUGCAUAAUUAACAUUUUCAUUUGAGGAUUUGAAAAAAGAAAAUGAAAUAAUUUUAAUACAAAUAUUUAAUACUUGCUGUUAAUGUAUGUCAGUGUUUUGUUUUUGUUUACCAAAGCUGAUGCUUUUUGUCUUUUGAGGAACAAAACAAAGUUUUGUUUCUAUUUCAUUUUUUACAUUUUGGAAUUUUAUAAAUGUUCCUGUCAGCACCUGUGAUUUUUCUUUCGGAGGGACAAUUUAUUUAUGUUGUGAAAUUUUGUAGAUAGAGCUUCUGUUUUGCCAACUGUUAAAAAACACUGAUUUUACAAAGAAAAUGUAAUGUAUCCAUCUCGGAAAAAAAUGAGUUGUGCAAUAGGAUGUAGGGUAAGUUGCCUUAUUUUGGGUAACUUUGAGAUGUGAACUGUCAGUCUUUGUUUGUAACAACAUGCAGUCCAUGAUUUUGACCAUGGGUAGGCGCUGUUGCACCAUUAUAUGGGAUAAAUAAUAGUCUGCUUUUUUCAAUCAAAAAUGGGCUUACCAGCCUACGUGCUACUAUCAUUGACACAGACUGAUUGGAAAGUCUUGGAAAUAGCUGUUCUCUAAGCACUUGUAUCGCUUCGAUCCUGCCUCCCCCCCUUCCCUAUGAAGAUGCUAUGUGUAUAUAUAAAGUUGUACAUCGGAAAUAAUACUUAUUUUGUUUUCAUUUGAAUUUUAAGUUAGUUCACUAUGUCCUUUUUCAAAGAUGUGGUACUACAAACAGUGAUUGUAGUUUUUAAUAAUUAAAGUUACUGUCUUUGUUGUUAUAA